AUGUCACGAUAUCUUCGCCAGUCGAGCCAGCUCGCCAAGCUGGCAAGGUUCUCGACCAGCGUUAGCUUGCAGAGGACACAAAGGCUUGUCGCCAGCUCCAGGACAGCUCCUCUGAGAGCAUUGUCUGCGCACAACGGCAUCCUCCCGCGAUACUAUUCCUCCAAAACCCCGCAUCCCGAUGAGAAUAAAAGCUCCGACUCUGGAAAACAAAUCAACCACAAUGAUGCUAAAUCAGAGACGGAGGGUGGGCCGGAGUCGCAAAAGGUGCCCUUGCCACCUCUACCGGAGGGCUGGAUUCGCCUGACCAAGGAAGAGAUAUCGCAGCUGCAGGCAUUCCAAGAAAUGCUCCCCGAAGGCCAGAGGCAGACGUUGAAGGAUAUUUUGGUGGGGCUCCAGCACACCGGUGCACCGGCCGAGAUACGAGAUCUGCUGCAGAAGAUGCGCCAAGGACCUGGCAACUUGUCAAUCAUCGACAAGGGCCGGCUGAUGCGAUGCGUCUUUGUCAUGGCUGAACGAGUGGCGGAAUGGGAAAUCGAACAGCAGCAACAAGGAAAGAAGGGCAUGUUUGACCAGAACACCAAUGAAAUGAAUGAGCACAGCUAUGGAGAGAAGAAAGAAGGUGCAGCCCAAUCACACAAAGCUUCUAGCGAUUCACAUUCCAAAGAGCAAGGUUCAGACCCCAAGAAACCCGAGAGGAACUCGUGGAUGGAUGCCCUCCAGACUGGUCUCGUCCUCGGUAUCACGCUUUGGGCAAUCGAGUCAUUCAGCAGGCCCUUCUCUGAGAAGGAAAUCACCUGGCAGGAGCUACGAAAGGCUUUCUUGGACAAGGGUCUUGUACAGAAACUUGUGGUCGUCAAUGGAUCACAAGUGCGCGUGGAACUGCACCCUGAUGCUGUUCAGUCCACAUCCGAUGGUUCUGGCGCCAGAAGAACAUACAUCUUCUCCAUUGGGUCCGUUGAAUCUUUCGAGAAGAAGCUCGAAGAAGCUCAGGAUCAAUUGGGCAUUCCUCCGUCCGAGAGAAUACCUGUCAGCUACGAAGCGGGUGGCAGCACUAUGGGCAAUCUAGUUCUGGCAUUCGGGCCAACGCUCCUAUUCAUCGGUUUGAUUUUGUGGACACAGCGAUCCAUGAGCGGACGGGCAGGCGGCGCUGGAGGCAUGUUCAACUUUGGAAAAAGCAAGGCCAAAAAGUUCAACGCCGAGAGCGCAGUCAAAGUCAAGUUCAGUGAUGUUGCUGGUCUGGAGGAAGCCAAGGUGGAGAUUAUGGAAUUCGUUAGCUUCUUGAAGCAGCCUGAAAAGUUCGAGAAGCUGGGUGCCAAGAUUCCUCGAGGUGCCAUUCUCUCUGGCCCCCCAGGAACAGGAAAGACUCUUCUCGCCAAGGCUACUGCUGGAGAGUCUGGCGUACCUUUCUAUAGCGUGAGCGGUUCUGAGUUUGUGGAGAUGUUUGUUGGCGUGGGUCCUUCUCGAGUACGAGACCUGUUUGCUGAAGGUCGAAAGAACGCGCCUUGUAUCAUCUUCAUUGACGAAAUCGAUGCCAUCGGCCGUGCUCGACAGGAAAGCGGCCGUGGAUUCGGCGGAAACGAUGAACGCGAGGCUACCCUCAACCAGAUUCUUACAGAAAUGGACGGAUUCAACACUCGAGAACAGGUCGUUGUCUUGGCCGGUACCAAUCGUGCUGAUGUCUUGGAUAAGGCGCUGAUGCGUCCCGGCCGUUUUGACAGGCACAUCUACAUUGACCGACCUACUAUGAAAGGACGGCAAGAAAUCUUCCAAGUUUAUCUCAAGAAGAUUGUCACCAAGGAAGAUCAUGAACACCUCAUUGGCCGACUUGCUACCUUGACCCCCGGCUUCUCUGGUGCUGAUAUCUCCAAUGUUGUGAACGAAGCAGCUCUAAUUGCCGCGCGAGAGAACGCAGACGACGUCAAGAUGGUACAUUUCGAACGUGCAAUUGAGCGAGUCAUCGGAGGCUUGGAACGCAAGUCACUCGUACUCAGGCCGGAAGAGAAGAAGACUGUGGCCUAUCACGAAGCUGGACACGCCAUCUGUGGCUGGUUCCUAAGGCACGCCGAUCCCCUUCUCAAGGUCUCAAUCAUUCCCCGUGGCCAGGGCGCUCUAGGCUAUGCGCAAUACCUGCCUCAGGAUGCUUACUUGAUGAACACCGACCAGCUCAUGGACCGAAUGGCCAUGACUAUGGGAGGGCGUGUGUCUGAAGAGCUGCAUUUCCCCACAGUAACGACCGGCGCCAGUGAUGACUUCAAGAAGGUUUCCUCAAUGGCACGCAGCAUGGUCACUCAAUGGGGUAUGUCGGACAAGGUGGGACCAGUGCAUUUUGAGAACGACCCGAACCGCAUGGUCAAGCCGUUUGCCGAGGCUACGGCUCAGCAAAUUGACCAAGAGGUGCACCGGAUAGUAGAAGAAGCUUAUACUCGAUGCCGAAACUUGCUGGCGGAGAAGAAGGAGCAAGUCGGGCUAAUUGCUGAGGAGCUGCUGAAAAAGGAGGUUCUCUCUCGCGAUGACAUGGUACGAAUUCUGGGCAAGCGACCAUUCGACGACAAUGAGGACUUUGAGAAGUUCUUUGGAGGCAAAGAGGCGAGCGCUCCGCCACCUUUCCCUGCUGAGACAGACACGCCGAAGGAGGACCCGCCCUCCGGUACGCCUGCUCCUGCGUUUCGCGAUAUUUCAAAUGACGGAUCGGGCGUCAAGAGGUGA